AUGUCUGAAUUUAGGCCUAUAGCCCUUUGCAAUUUGCUAUACAAGUUCACUGCCAAGGUUCUUGCUUCUAGGCUUAAGUCAGUAGUGGAUCUCCUUGUCAGUGAGAACCAGUCUGCUUUCAUACAUAGAAGAAGUAUUACUGACAAUAUCUUCCUCUGUAAUGAGAUUGUCAGAGGUUAUGAUAGGGAGUCUCACUCUCUGAUAGCUCUUAUGAAGAUUGAUAUUCACAAGGCUUUCAAAUCCAUAAGAUGGGACUACAUUGGGAAACUUGUUGAGAAAAUGGGUUUUUCUCUAGCCUUUAUCCACUAG